AGUCUUCUGGCGGGCGCGUCCUCGGCACUCUUGCGCAUGCGUCAACGUGUUCGGGGAGGGGGGAAGCGGGCGCGGAGGCCGAGUUGCUAUAGCAACCGAGGCGGGCUCCGCGGGAGGAUUCUCGGGCUGCUCCGGGGCGGGCCUGGGAUUCCGCUUUCUCUGCGUCCCGGUGCCUGGGAAAUCCCGGGCAUCUUGCAAAAUGAGCCCCUUGUGACGUAGAGUGGAGCCGAGGGGUCAGGGCCGGGUGGAGACCGGGUCCCCGCGUACCGCGGCAUGCGGGCGGGAUGGGUCUGUGCGAGUCCACGCUGCCCCAGAUGGGCAGAGCUUUGAGGCCCCAGGAGAAGGAUGUCCUGAAGUCCCCCCUGAUCAUCUUCGUGGUGGGCGGUCCUGGCUGUGGGAAAGGGACCCAAUGCAGAAACAUGGCCAGCAAGUACGGCUUCUGCCACGUGGGGCUGGGCCAGCUGCUGCGGGAGGAGGCUCAGAGGAGGACCCAGCGGGGCCGACAGAUCCGGGACAUCAUGCAGCAGGGACGCCUGGUGCCCACGGGUCUCAUUCUGGACAUGAUCAGUGACAACCUGCUGUCUCGUCCGGAGAGCCGCGGCUUCCUCAUCGAUGGCUUCCCCAGAGAGCUGGAACAGGCCAAAGAGUUUGAGCGGAUUGUGGGCAGGGCCCCCAACAUAGUCAUGGGGUUUGACUGCUCCAUGGAAACAAUGGUGCGGAGAGUUCUACGCCGUGGACAGGUGGAGCACCGGGCGGAUGAUUCGGAGCCAGCCAUCCGCAAGCGCCUGGAGACACACUACACCCUGUGUGAGCCUGUCCUGACCUUCUACCAGCAAAAGAACCUUCUGCGAAAUAUCUUGGCUGAAGAAGCCCCCGAGAGCAUUUUUGCCAAGUGCUGCUCAGUCAUUGACAGUCUGCAGUGAGGGGCCGAUGUCCGGCCUACCCCAUUCCCCACAGCACACAGGACCCAGGCCUGUGAGGUGAGACCUUGGUGCUAAUAGGGCCCCUUUGUGGGCAGACAGGCAGCUAACACAGUCAGAGGGGAACUACCUACCUAGAGAUGGCAGCUGUCACUGCGUCAUGUGGACCCUGGUCAUUUUUGUAGCGUGCCAAGGUUUGUUUGCAGGUGGUCUGAGGGCAGCUUUGGGAAUGGGUUCUUUUGUUCCUGAUGCUGUGGCAAGCCCCUCCCUGUCUGGCUGGGGUUAGAGGAGCCACUGCACCUGACUCUGGGGCCAGCUUUCACCCGCCAUGCCAUCCUCCUGGCCUUGACUUUGAUCACCAAGGGUAACUUCACCGGCUGGCACUGCCUCAGGAUGCCAAGAAUCCCAAGUGACUUCUGGUGCCCUGGGCACACCUCACCCAGGCUUAACUCUACUUCAGUGUUGGCCAUACAUUUUUGCCAAGUGCUGCUCGGUCACCGACGGUCUGCAGUGGGGGGGGGGGGGGGGGGCACGCGCCGCAUAGGCAUGCAAGUCAAGCCCGUGCCCAAUGGGAUGCUUUCACAAGGCAACCUUAGUGACAAGUGCAGUCACAUCCAUGGGAACGUGGCCCCGGGGAUGAUCCUCAGUGCCUGCUCUCCCAGGUCCCAGAGGGAGAGUGCAGACAGCUGGGCAGGCCUCCCAAAAGGAAGGGGACUGAACAGCACUCCAUCCUCUCUGCCCCACUCACCCUGCUUCCCUCUACCAGCACAACCUGUGUACUGAAAAGGUUAGGAAAACACACGCCUGCAGACUGUCUCCUAAAAAACGAAGACAAAAUCCCCACAAGAAGCUGUUCACCUCCAGACACCAUCACCAGGGUUACGUUCACAACAUCUACUCAGGUCAUCUGCUUCAGAAGCCUACUUGAAGGGUGGGAGACAGACAGACGGCAGCCAGCAAGACACGGGGAGGUUUUGUUACCAUUUAUUUGUGAAGUUAAAAACGAGCGAUAAAAAGUAAAAACUGCCAUACAAUUUUUUUUUGUUUUGUUCUCAUUUUUUUUUCUCAGUUUAUCUCAUCUUCAACAGAUGACAACGUACCAGGCCAGUCCUGGGGUUGGGGUGGGUAUAGGGUGGAGCCAGGGAAGAGCAGGGGGGGGAGAGAGAAAGGGGAGAGAGGGGGAGAGAGAGAGAUGGGCAGGGCAGGAGGGGCCUGCGACACCCACACCUGGUCCAAGGAAUGUUCCAACUCUAACUAAAAAAACGAAAAAACGAGAUAGCAAGAGUGACUUUCUUUCCUUUUAAAAAGUUUAUUUAAAAACAAGAAUAGGGCCCCGGGCAGUAGGGAGGGAGUGAACCGCUUCCCUCAGAGGGUGGGCUCAGAGGCGGGGAUAGAGGUUUAUAUAUUUCUCUAUAUAUAUCACUUUAUAGGUUUGUUCUGCUCUUUGUGAUUUAAUUUUUAAACUUUUUUUUUUGGCAGAGGUUAAAUUCUCGCUAUUUUCUAAGGCUGGCUCAACAUGAAGGAUCCCGAUUUUGGAAGGAAAAAGAUGUGAGACACACAGAAUGAGAGAGGGACUGCCUCAGCAUGAGGGGGACCCCCUACACCCCAGGCGGCCGUUGCUCUCUCACCAAACCAAUCAAAUAUAGAAACCAAUAAAAGAAGCCCCCAAAUGGAACAAAAAUGGAGGGAAAAAUAUGUUCACAGAUGAAGUUCAUAUCCAUUUGCUUCAAUUGCCUGCGGAGAGGGAGAGACAGGGACAGUCAUGGCAGGGGGGCGGCUGGGCUGUAAGAGGCUGCGACUCAGGCAGCGGGCCAGGAGGCCGGGCCCAAGCCUGCACAGGCCAGGCAGGGGCUGUGACUGUCUGUCUUGGGGACUCCGCUGAAGUCAGACUGCUCCUUGGUGGAGGAGAAGCAGGAGGAAGAGGAAGAGAAGUGGGGGGGGGGUCUGCAGCAGAAGAAGCCAGAGGCAUGGAAGGGGCGCACAAGGAAGAAGUGCCAGGGUGGGGAGAGGGGCAGAGGAGGGAGGCGGCGGGCGGCUGGGCGUCACAACAUUCAGAUCACGGUGUCCCCACAACACCCCUGUGAGGUAGGUUGGAAGGUGGCAACGAUCGUCAUGCCCACUUCACAGACAAGACCAGGACACAGAGGCAAGUGCACAAGAGGUGGCCUCGCCAGGCAGGGAGGGCCCAGUCCCCUCAGUGGGCUCCCCUCCAUCCCAGCAGAGCCAGGGCCGCCUGCAACACGCAGUUACUUUGACAUGGGGGAUAAAGAUGGAGGUUUUAAAAAAAUAAAAGAAUAAAAAAGAACAAAACCCAAAAUAGU